AUGCAGCAGACUGGAGGAGAGGCUCAACGACCGCACACGUCACACAAUAGGGGCUCACCCUGCUAUAAAAAUGUGAGAUGUGUGCGCCAGCCUUCCCUCUCUCCAUCCCUCCCUCUCACACACAGUCAUCAGAGAGAGUAUGAGAAGGCUGGACUGACUGGACCUACUAUACACAGGACUGGACUACUACAUUGGGCUACUGCAGCAGCCAACACUGAUGACCUGAGGUACACACUUCUGAUACCUCUGUCUGACGCUACAGCACUUAACAGGUGAGAUCAUGGACAAUAAAUUCCUUUAUUGAAUUAAACAUGUUGGAGGAAGGAAUUGUUGGAAUGAAAAAUGUUAAGGAAUCUCAUGAAAGAUGGAACACAUUUUCAGUUUGCAUUUUUGAGGGUACCAUUUAGAAAUAGAUAGUUCAAUACAACAGAAGUGUAAUUAUUUGUAUGUACGCUAAUCGUGACGAACACACUAGCAUCCUCUGUAUGCAUUGACUGAAGGUCAGACGUUUUCCAUAAACAUGUAUUUUCAUGAUGUAUUUCUCAUCUUCUGAAGUUUAAACUGAAUUCCAAUAUCAAAUACAUUCCAUGAGUAAUACUUAAACUAUAUUUUACAUCUAUUUCUUACCAUUACGGUGUUAAUACACCAUAUUUUAGUAAUCGUGGAGAUUUAGGUGCAAUUAAAAUGUUAUGUGACACCACCAUACAGUAUUUCUGCCUGGGGUCUGCGUGAGAAAUGGCACCCUAUUCCCUAAACAGUGCACUACUUUUGAUCAGACAGAAGUACUGCACUAUAGUGCCAUUUCAGACUAAACUCCAGAGAAAAAUGUCACAUAACAUUCAAAGAACAUUUACUUUUGCCCUGGGCUAAGUAGUGCACUAUAUAGGGAAUAGGGUGUAAUUUCAGGGAUGCCAUAAACAACAUUCCCUCUCUGCCUUCCAGUAGAACAACACCAUGGUAGUUUUAUUCUGUGUCGAUUUCUCUCUAAAACGCUCCCCUAUCUUCCUCCAUCCAGGAGAGCAGCACUAUGACCAAGAAGGUGUUCACCAACACACGGGAGCGCUGGCGGCAGCACAACGUCAACACUGCCUUCACUGAGCUCCGCAAGCUCAUCCCCACCCACCCACCAGAGAAGAAGCUGAGCAAGAACGAGAUCCUGCGGCUGGCCAUGCGCUACAUCAACUUCCUGGUGCAGCUGCUGGAGAGCCAGAGUGGUCAGCCGGCCUCGCACUCCCCCACCGCCCUGCUCACCUUCCUCAGGGGAAAUGUGGAACGUCUCCACUCCUCCUCCCGGACCUGGGGCCUGGCCAGCGACACUGAUGCCCCCUCCCCUGGAUCAAGCUGUGACAGUACCGAGGCCUGGUAG